AUGGCGGCCGAUGGAUUUAGGCUGGGAGUUGUUGAUUUCGUAAUCUGCUUCCUCACUGUUGGUGUUUCGGUCACUACUGGACUCUAUCAAGCCUUCUGUGGGAAGAACCACUCUUCCCUACUUCAGUACUUCAUCGGCAAUCGUCGGCUCGGUGCCAUUCCUGUGGCUCUGUCAGUCGCUGUGUCCUACAUGUCGUCGGGUCUAGUCGUCGGACUACCUGCGGAGAAAUACCAUUACGGGCUCCCUGGUAUUUUCCAUGGAUUUAUGGUGGGCAUAGCCAUCGUUCUUUCUUCUUGGAUUGCAGCCCCACUCUGGUAUGAACUGAACAUAACCAGCACCUAUGAGUAUCUCGAGUUGCGCUUCAAAUCCAGGAUUAUCCGCAUGGCUGGCUCGGCUUUAGGCAUAUUACAGAACAUCUUCAUCGACAUCGGCGCAAUGGAUGAUUUUUGGGAGAGUCUCAUAGCUGGGAAGAGAAUUCGAAUGCUUCAAUUCAACCCUGACCCUACGAUCCGUACUUCAUUCUGGUCCAUCAGUAUUGGGGGUUUGACUCUCUGGUGUACCAUUGCCUUCUCCCAACAGGGGGCCCAGAGAAUCAUGUCCAUGAAGAACCUCGAUCAGGCCAAAAAGGUGUUGCCUUACAGCAUUCCAGCGUUCUACCUCUUCCUCGUCAUAGCUCUCAUAGCGGGAUUAGGAGCAUAUGGUCACUAUGUCAACAAAGGAUGCGACCCGUACGUUCAAGGUGUAAUCAAUGACGUGAACGGGAUUCUUCCGUAUUUCGUCAUAGAACUAUGCCAAGACUUGCCUGGUCUCCCGGGACUGUUCAUGGCGUCCCUGUUAAGCGCCUCUCUCAGCACUAUGUCUUCAUGUAUGAACAGCAUCGCAGCUGUAGCCCUCACUGAUUUUGUCCAGGCGUUCAAGCUCAGUAUGACAGACAGUUGUGCCACGUGGACCGCCAAGAGCUUGGAUGCUGAUUGCAUUCACUGGUGCGGUAAGCGGCCCUCUUUGCGGCCUCUUCCUCUUAGGAACCUUUAUCCCGUGGGCGAAUGUCAAGCUCCAUCCGACAGAUGUUGGCUAAAUCAGUCUACAGUCAGUAACUACACGGACUUGGUAUAUUUGUACAACACCAGCCUCGUCGCCACGGCCAACACGGAUUUCCCAGUUUACACAGACUUGCCGUAUUCUGGGUCUGGCCUUAAGAAACUGUACUCCAUGUCCUACAUGCUGUACCCAACUAUAGGCCUCGUCCUCACCAUAUUAGUUGGUGUCAUCGUCAGCCUGAUCACAGGGCGCAUGAACCAAUCAGAUGUGAACCCUCUCUGCAUUUCUCAUAUCAUACGACGCCGGUAUUACAAACCGAAAGACGAAACAACCGAAGAAGGUCAGCUAGAGUUGAUGGUGAAUUAUGCUUUAAUAUGA